GUCCUUUCUUGAGCUGUUUUCGGUGAUAACCUAAACUUCUCUCCUCCUCUGCUUCGCAGCCCUCUCUACAUCUUCCCCGUCCUUUCUAUACCUGUCAAAAGGUUGAAAGCACGUCAACACGUCAACGACACCCAGUGUACGUCGCAAGGUGUAGGACCUUCACUACCUACGCCCUGGGCACAGACCCGGGCACAGACAUAUUUGAUAGCGGCCCGAACCCUUGAAAGGACCGUAGACAACCGUCAUCGACUUCGGCAAUAAUGGGACCCUCUCUUAGAGGUCAUACCUCUAUGACUUCCAUGGCUCGACCACAGACUCGCGAGACGAACCGUCCGGGCACAAGAGAGCAAAUCGUCGACACGACGAUGGUUCCAAGCAGAACCUCGUCGCUGCACUCACGAAUCACACAGCCCCUGCCGUCAACUCUGGCCAAGUCGAACAAUAGGCCUACCCCAAAGACACUUACCCAUGCGUAUAUGGUGUGUGGUGUGGGACGAGAACCAUCACAAUGGGUCAAAGCACCCGCCCCGUCUUUUGGAAAGAUUCAACACAUGAAGGGGGCAGUAGGCCAAUUUUGGCUUCCGGAAAUUUUGGGAAGUAGUCCACGCCUCGAGAGCGACAAUGAGAUCGCUCGAGCGCUGCACAGCGCAAUGAGGGCAUGUUUCCCUCACGAUGUUGAAAUCUGUACAGGACGCAGCCAACCACACUGUGUUCACCAUUCCUUUGUAUUGCAGCAAGACUCUCAACAUACCCUCUAUGGCAUUGCUCUGCGAGUCUGGUCUCGAGCUGACGAGAAGCGCGCUGAGACCAUUCGCGACCUGCGACGAAAGACUGAACCCGACUUCAGAGAUGUAGCCGACGAAACCUACUGGAUCCCAUACUGCCUGAGCUUCUUGUCCCGCUACCCAUUGUAUAACCUGCUCGGCGACUACUUGCGAGGAAUGUGGAUUCACUGGAACAAGGCCACCAAUCUGUUCCAUGCCGAGGAGGUCUCUCGCAUUCUGAGCUUCCCAGCACCACGACUGAACGACCUCGUCCGAAUUGACAUGAAGGACUAUGCCCUUUGUUAUCAAUUCCCAUCUUCACCCACUGGGUUCCAAAACUUUGCUAUGUGGCCUCUCUUCAACUGCUUGACCAUCCCAAACAUCGUCGGUCUUGUUGAGGCGGCUGUAUCUCCCACUCGACGCAUCAUCCUGACCAGUCAUCAUCCUGCUAUGCUUACGAUUGCUGCUGAAACCAUCAGAUUCUGUGUUCGAGUUUAUGAAUGGAGUGGACUCUACGUACCAGUCGUUCAUGCCAGGAAUGUCGGCGAUAUGGUCCAAGAGCCUGGUCCAUAUAUCCUGGGUAUCACGACAGAAUGCCGAUCAUUGUUCCAGCCACCCAAGGAUGCUCUGCUUGUCGACCUUGACCGCAAUCUAGUCAUUACCGACCACCCACCGAACGUCCUCACGGCCGGUCAGCGUACCAAGUUCAUCAACAGACUGACCCAAGCCUUGAACAGUGAUGUGGAAAUCAGUGGUGUUCCACAGCACCUCAAAUCUGCCUACGGAGGCGGCAAGCUCAUUCCUGCUGGUCAGAUUAUUGUCCUUCGCGGUGAAGUCGAAAGCGUUCAGGACCCUUCAUGGUGGAAUCAAGAUUCCAUCAUGGCGGUUAUGGAUCACGUUUGUGAGAAGCUUGGCCGCAACACCGGUGUCAAGGCCUUGUUCAAUGGCUCGAUGAAGAAGCCACUCAUGACCAAGAUCUCCAUGAGACAUAUGAACGAAAUUGUGCGCGAACGCAACCAAUACUCCCGCGACGCCCUGGAGGCAUGGCAAGACUUUAUCAACCUCAAAGGACGCAUGGACACCGAGCUUGCCAAGGUUGCUAAACGUAACAACUACCUUGAACAAGAAGUUGAGACAUGGAAACUUCAAUUCCAGAAGUUCCAAGCAUUCGUCGAGUCCCUCAACAAGGAGUUGGCUGAACUGCGUGUCAAGAUUGAAUCCCACAAGCGUGAGAACCGCAGACUCACCGGUCUCAUUGACCAGCAGAAGGAUGAUGCUGCUCGUCUUGCUCUGAGAUUGUCUGGUACCGAACGACAGCGUGACAAUGCCCUCGAAGCUCUUGUCCUCCAGCAAGGCAUUGCAGAAGACCUUGAGAAGGAACGGUCUCGCAACCGAAAAGAGAUCGCCGCACUCCAACACACCAACCAGACACUCCAGAGACAACGAGACGAAGCUCAACGCGUGGUUCUCCAUCUCCGCUCCCUCAUCACUGGUCAAACUCACCACAUGGAACACAUUGUCCGAUCGAUCGGCUCUGCUUCCGAGCUGGCUGACUACAUCCAGGAGGGAUACGAGGACGAAGAGGAAGAGGAAGAAGAGCAAGAGGGAGAGGAUACAGUCGAAGAACCCACUGACAGGCUUCGAAAUGUCACCAGCCGCUCCUCCAAGCGUGCGUCGCGUGCGGUAUCUGCUGAUGGUCAAGAUGUUACUCCUCAAAUGGAGAACAAGCUCCUCGCCACCAGCAAGCGCCUCAGCAAACGUUUCUCUGGACUCAGCAUGUCCGAUGUCGCCGAUCGACAUCUGCGCGAUAAGACCGACGCUAUUGCCGACAUCAUCCGCAACAUCAGCGAGCAAUGUGCUGCUGCCGUCGAAGGCCUUCAACUUGCCAAUGAGGCCGCCGAGGUCGAAGGUGAGGAGGAAGACCAGGAGCAGGGCGCGCAUUCUGAAUCUGGCAUCUCUCCUUCCACAAGCCACUCACGCGAAGACAGUGGCAAUCUGUCACCUGUGGAGCACCUCGCCACCGACUCUCGCACGGGUACCGGCCACUUGACCCCCCAAAGUGAGCGCAGCUCAAUCCCCCCAACACCAGACCUAGUGCACCAGCGAUCCAGCACCGCAUUGAGCAUGGCGAGCACGGCUCCUACGAACUACACUGCUCGCGAGAGUCUGAACCAAAACACCCGAGGUCCAGACAGGACAAAGAUCGUUGAAGACGACGAUGCCGAACGUGCACACGCGGCCGCUGCCGUCACUGGCGGAGGCAGCGUCAAGGGUGAUGACGACAACAUUAAGCAGCCACCUUCUGGUCGCGGUGCGGUCUUGAGCCGUGUGAUCGAAGCAUGAAGUCAUGGAAAUUCUGAAUCUCUCUAUAUAUAUAUCCCUUCAGUAUGGAACUUUUAGGGGAAAGGGAGUCUUGCAUGGAGCUUUUGGCGUUGAGAAGCGAAUUUUUGAUUUUCUUGUUUCUUUUCCGAAAGAGGGCAGGGUAUGGGCAGCAGGGGAAUUCUGUGUAUGUGUGUGUGGGAAUUCAUUCUUGGUCCGGACAAGGAUGGUGAUUUCCCACAUGUUGAUCUGUUCGGCGAUGAUGCCUCUUUCUUUUUGUUAUUGUUGUCUCUAAUUGUUUGAUAUGUCAUGGUCCCAAAGAACCUCGAUUUGUUUUUGUGUGUCUGAGGACGUCCUCGUAAUAUUACCUUUCGGGGGCGCGCAAUUUGCUGCCUUUUUUCAAAAUCGGUACACUCUGUACCGAGUCUCGUGUUGUGGUCGUUCUCUCGGUUUUGGUUCGCUCUAGUUUCGUUUUUCG